CACGCUUUCGGACCAGCAGUAAACCGAGAACCAUGCAUAGAACAACCAUCGCAAAAGUAACAAAAUUCUCUGCUGACGAGCUGAAACAGUCUGCAAACGAUGGUGUAUCGUGUGUGACUGAGGUGCAAUCGAAUGAAAUCCUCAGCUUACGGCCACGUGACUGCGAGCACAUCGUGAAAGGUGUGCGGCGCUGCGUGAUGGACAAAGUUGGCCGGUACCAUUCGAAGGUGCAUGGUAUCGUGCUCGGAUAUGCAAAGAUCCGCGUCGAGAAUACACUGUCCGCAUUUCGCACGGAUAGUCCGUUCCUACAUGUGCGGGCGACCAUCGAUUACUUCGUGUUCCAGCCCCGGAUAGGCUCAACGCUGCGUGGUACGGUGAACUACGUCUCGAAAGAGUUCGUUAGUGCCAUGAUUUACCAGGUGUUCAACGUUACUGUAAAAUUGAACGGGUAUUCCAAAAAGCAUGGUACAAUAAUUAAAGGAAGCGAAAUUUCUUUCAUAAUCAAUGCGUGUGACAUGAAGAGUGAAAUUCCCAUCAUCGACGGAGAGCUCGUUCAUACCGUAUCGGCCCCAGCUGUACGUAUCAAGGAGGAGCCAUCAACGGCAAGUGAUGAUGCCAAUGAAGAUUCCGAACCAGAUAAUACGACCGAUAAGGGCGAUCUGCACAACGGAAUGAUUGAGGUGAAACAAGAAGGAAAACCUAAAAAAUCCAAACGGACCAAGGAUGCGGUAAACUGUGACACCAGCAGCUCUGCAGAAAACGGACACGUUGAACAAGAUCCUAUGAUUGAGGAAGGUCAUCUGCCCUACGAUACGACUAAGGUGAAAAUUGAAGGUUCUGAGAAAAAGUCGAAAAAGAGCAAAAGAAAGCAAAAUGAGUCGGAGGAGACCAACAACUCAACUGUUGUUGAAGAUGAUGCACCGAAAAAUGGAGACCAUCGUUCGCCAGAGCCUGAUAAGGACGAACUCAUUCAGUCCCUCUUUGAUGAUAUGUUUGGAAAUCUGGAUGAAGAACCAUCAGCCAGCAAAAAACAGAAGAAUAAAUCUAAAAAGGAGUCCAACUCCAGAAAGGAGCAAACCAGAAACGGUGUUACGUUAGAGACAUCUGAUUUGGUUGAUGCUGAGAAGUCAGUUAGUAAUGAAACGCCGCAUGGUAAAAAAAGGAAAAUUAGAUUUGAUCUUAACGAUACUAUUACGUAUAUCAAAUCUGAGCCCACUGAAGAAAAAAAGAGGAAGAUCAAUAAAUAAUGAAUGCACCGGUGCUAAAUCGCAUGAGUUCAAUCAAUAUCAAGACUGAGAACAGUAUAGACAAGCAAUUUAUAGUAA